AUGUCGGGGAACACUGAAAUGAGUGAUGGUGGGAUCGUUAGGAGCGACGACCAAGCUCCAGCUAAUCCGGAGCAGCAACGGGGCUUCGAUACAUGGACAUUCAUUAAAGGGAUGCUGUAUCGCAUUAUGAUCGUUUACUUUGUAACGUCAUUUUUGAAAAAUUUUAUGAGUGGACGGUCUGGUGGUGUUGGUUAUAAUAAUACGGGAGUGUCGAAUACAGGUGCAUCUUUACCCUCGCGAAAUCUUUUCCAACCAGGGCAGAAGUUUGAUCUAUAUAUAUACCUCUCGGAUUCGCAGGAUAAAUUCGAUGAAUUUGAUGACGAAAGUGCGCUGUUUUGGAAAGAAACCGGCAUGACAUAUAGUGAUUGGACAUCUGGUCCAGAUGGUGAUGGUUCACGUACUAAAUCAGCUACAUUUCCCACUCCCAAAUCGCUUGCUAAUAAUGGCUCGUUAUACAUACAUGUAUUCAUUGUAAAGAAAGAUCAGUCACCUGAUCGUAGAAGUCGCCUUCAUGUUAAAAGAGAGGUGCUGUAUAAUGUACGGCAACUUAAUAAAUACAAGAAGAAGUAUUAUAAAAGGACACAAAAUCUACUUACUGGUAAGACAGAACAGACUGAAGAAGAACAAAAGAAGGCUGAAGUGAUGAGUUUUGAAGUACUCAAUUAUUGGCACCCAAAUUUAACGAUUAGUCUUGUCGAUGAUCAGACGGCAUGGCAAAGAGGUUCUUUGCCAUCUCCCCUUGAUGAAGCUGUAAAGUUUGAUCCUAUUGACAACACCUACAAGCCCAUAUUCUUUUUCAACGACUAUUGGAACUUAGCGGCCGAUUAUAUAUUAAUAAAUAGCUCAGUUGAAGAACUAAAACUCUCAGUUCGGUAUGCACCAAUAUCAUUAUUUAAAUGGCAAUUAUACGCAUCCCAGCAGAUGCGCGGGAAGUGGUCACAGAUGUUCGGUGGUGAAUUGUUUGAAGAUGGAGAUGAUGACCAGGACUCAAUCAAACAGGCACUUCUCGAAACAAGCCCAGUAUUGCUUGGACUGACAAUUACUGUUUCGUUGUUGCAUACCGUUUUCGAGUUUUUGGCUUUCAAAAAUGAUAUCCAAUUUUGGAGAUCACGAAAGAGCUUGGAGGGCCUAUCUGUUCGUUCAGUUUUAUUCAGCGUGUUCCAGUCUGUCAUUGUUUUUUUGUAUAUUUGUGAUAACGAUACUUCAUGGAUUAUCAAAAUGUCUGUUGGAGUUGGUUUGGUGAUUGAACUAUGGAAAAUACCGAAAUGUGUCAAUAUAAAUGUUGAUCAGACCCAAAAACUAUUUGGGUUCUUGCCAAAGAUCAUAUUUACUGAUAAGGGAUCAUAUGUUGAAUCAGAUACAAAACAGUAUGACCAGUUAGCCUUCAAAUAUUUGUCAUGGGUACUUUUUCCAUUGCUUGGUGGUUAUGCAGUAUAUUCUCUCAUAUAUGUCGAACAACGUGGUUGGUAUAGUUGGAUAUUAAGCAUGCUGUAUAGCUUUUUACUAACAUUUGGAUUUAUUAUGAUGACACCACAGCUUUUUAUAAAUUAUAAGUUAAAAUCUGUGGCUCAUUUGCCUUGGCGCAUGUUAACAUACAAAUUCAUCAAUACGUUCAUCGAUGAUCUCUUUGCUUUUGUCAUCAGAAUGCCAACAAUGUAUCGUUUAGGAUGUUUUCGAGAUGAUAUUGUGUUUUUGAUAUAUAUUUAUCAAAGGUGGAUUUAUCGAGUUGAUCCAACACGUGUGAACGAAUAUGGAGUUUCGCUGGAAGAUCCAACUGGCGAAAACGAAUCACAAAAGCAAUUGGUGGAUGCCAAACCACCCGGUAAUAAUGAUCUACAGACCCCGGCUGAAACAGUUCAAAAUAAUACAGAAACGAAGAAAGAGCGAUAA